AUGGAAAACAUAAGAUCUGGGGAUACCACAAAAGGAAGGACAAGAUCUGGGGAUACCACAAAAGUAAAGACAAGAUCUGGGGAUACCACAAAAGGAAGGACAAGAUCUGGGGAUACCACAAAAGGAAGGACAAGAUCUGGGGAUACCACAAAAGGAAGGACAAGAUCUGGGGAUACCACAAAAGGAAGGACAAGAUCAGGGGAUACCACAAAAGGAAGGACAAGAUCUGGGGAUACCACAAAAGGAAGGACAAGAUCUGGGGAUACCACAAAAGGAGGGACAAGAUCUGGGGAUACCACAAAAGGAAGGACAAGAUCUGGGGAUACCACAAAAGGAAAGACAAGAUCUGAGGAGAGCACAAAAGGAAGGACAAGAUCUGGGGAUACCACAAAAGGAAGGACAAUAUCUGGGGAUACCACAAAAGGAAGGACAAGAUCAGGGGAUACCACAAAAGGAAGGACAAGAUCUGGGGAUACCACAAAAGGAAGGACAAGAUCUGGGGAUACCACAAAAGGAGGGACAAGAUCUAGGGAUACCACAAAAGGAAGGACAAGAUCUGGGGAUACCACAAAAGUAAAGACAAGAUCUGGGGAUACCACAAAAGGAAGGACAAGAUCUGGGGAUACCACAAAAGGAAGGACAAGAUCUUGGGACACCACAAAAGGAAGGACAAGAUCUGGGGAUACCACAAAAGGAAGGACAAGAUCUGGGGAUACCACAAAAAGAAAGACAAGAUGUAAGGAGACCACAAAAGGAAAGACAAGAUCUGGGGAUACCACAAAAGGAAGGACAAGAUCUGGGGAUACCACAAAAGGAAGGACAAGAUCUUGGGACACCACAAAAGGAAGGACAAGAUCUGGGGAUACCACAAAAGGAAGGACAAGAUCUUGGGACACCACAAAAGGAAGGACAAGAUCUGGGGAUACCACAAAAGGAAGGACAAGAUCUGGGGACACCACAAAAGGAAAGACAAGAUCUGAGGAUACCACAAAAGGAAGGACAAGAUAUGGGGAUACCACAAAAGGAAAGACAAGAUCUGGGGAUACCACAAAAGGAAGGACAAGAUCUGAGGAUACCAUAAAAGGAAGGACAAGAUCUGGGGAGAUUACAAAUGGAAGGACAAGAUCUGGGGAUACCACAAAAGGAAGGACAAGAUCUGAGGAGAGCACAAAAGGAAAGACAAGAUCUGGGGAUACCAUAAAAGGAAAGACAAGAUUUAAGGAGACCACAAAAGGAAAGACAAGACAAAAUCUGAGGAGACCACAAAAUAAAAGAAAAGACAAGAUUUGA